ACAGACUGCUUUGUUAUUUACCUUGACAGCAGUCAGUUCUUUUCCAGGGAAUAAAAAUGAAAUAACCCUCUCGCUGCGGAUUGUUUAUUGCUUUGGUGGACGACUGUACCUGCAGCACAUGAGACACAAUGGAGGGGGAAACAAAGGGAAAUGCUACUCAGGAUCUGACCUGUUAUAAUGACAGUGGCAGGAUUGACCCCUAUGGUUUUGAGAGACGUGACGAUUUCGAUUCCUACAAGGAGAUGAUGAAUCAAUAUGUGGCUGUCCUCAACAGAAGGUCCAUGAGAUGGUCGAAGCUCCUUCAGAAUAAGCCUCAUGUGGAGAAGAACUUGACGGUGAAGAGGUUUGUACGUAAAGGUGUGCCUAAUGAGCACCGUGCCAGGAUCUGGAUGGCGGCUAGUGGUGCCCAGGAACAGCUGGAGAAUAAGCCGGGUUAUUACCAGUCUCUGCUGGCCACGGAGCACGACGCCAAGCUGAGAGAAACCAUUCACACAGAUAUGCAUAGGACCUUUCCUGACAACAUCCUGUUCAAGAGCAAAGCAGAACCAGGCAUGCAGAAGGCUCUGUACAAUGUGCUGCUGGCUUAUGGACACCAUAAUCCUACAGUGGGCUACUGUCAGGGCAUGAACUUCAUUGCAGGCUACCUCAUGAUCAUCACAAAAGAUGAAGAGAAAUCCUUCUGGCUCAUGGAUGCAUUGGUGGGAAGAAUACUCCCAGACUACUACACCCCGGCCAUGCUGGGGCUGAAGACUGACCAGGAGGUUCUUGGUGAGCUGGUAAAGGUCAAAGCUCCUGCAGUGGGACAGCUCAUGGCACAGUACCCCGGCAUAUGGACGCUGGUGGUGUCACGCUGGUUUAUCUGCCUCUACAUUGAUAUACUCCCUAUUGAGACUGUCCUGCGGGUCUGGGAUUGUCUUUUCUAUGAGGGCUCCAAAGUACUUUUCCGUGUGGCUCUUACGCUCAUCCUUCACCACCAGACUCAGAUCCUGAGAGCGCGCUCUUUGCCCGAUGUGUGCGAGUGCUUCAAACAGAUCACCUGUGGAGAUUUCACUCUGGACUGCCACACCUUCAUGCAGAAGAUCUUUACAGAACCUGGGAGCCUGUCCAUGUCAACUAUUGGUAAACUGAGAGAGAAAUGCAGACAACAAAUCCUCACAGAGGAAUCACGAUAACCAUGAAGUUCAGGACGCACUUUCCCUGAUUUAAAAAAACUAAAGUCAGCAUAAAGGACGCUGUACAGUCAGGAACUUUAUGUGAAAUGUACAUAUCGGUGACUUGUUCUGGUUGCUUCUGUGAUUUAUACUUUGUUACACUCUAAUCAGGGAGACUGGGUAUCUAAACAUGAAGGCUGUGCUUAUGUUUUUGAGGAUCUGCUUUUGCUUUUGACACCUGUCUUCCACCAAAUACACUGCUCAAAAAGAAAUUAAAGGAACACUUUGAAAACUCGUCAGAUCUCACUCGGAAAAACAAAUGCUUGAUAUGCUUGAUGUCCACACUGAUAUGGACUGGGCGAGGAACAAAAGGAUGCCACAUGGUUUGAUGGAAAUGACAAUUAUCAAUCUACA